AGACUGAAGCUAUUCCGACAGGGAUAAUAUUCCUCUUUCCCACCUAUACCACCAUUUCACCUAUCUUGAACCUCCAAUAUGAAUUCUACCAACACCUCCCCCCUCCGCCUCGAGCCCGCCACCCUCGAGGACCUCCCCGCCCUCACCGACCUCUGGUACAAUGCCUUCACCACCGACUCCAUGCGCACCAUCUGGCCCGACACCCCGGGCGUGCGACAAUGGUGGCACGAAGCCAACGAGCACGACAUGCGACACAAACCCGGGGAGAAAUUUCUAAAGGUCGUCGACACAUCCCAGAAUGGCCGUAUCGUCGCCUACGCCAAAUGGUCCCUGCAGACGGCUGAAGAGCGCGGUGCUCGCUGGCCUGCCUGGCAUCCGGACAUGAAUCCCGUCCAUAAUGAUGCGUUCUUGAAGCAGCUGGAGACGUAUCGCGCUGCGCUGGUGGGUGGGGGUCGACCUAAUUAUUAUCUCGAUAUGCUCGCGACUCACUCCGAUUACCGACGUAUGGGUGCCGCUCGUAUGCUUCUGGAAUGGGGCUGUCGUGUCGCGGACCAGGACGGUGUGCCGGUCUAUAUUGAUGCGAGUAAGGCUGGCAAGCCGGUCUAUGAGCGGUUUGGCUUCGAGGAUCGUAGCCAUGUCUUUGGGGAUACGGGUGCCUUGGCCCCUAUGGUGCGGGAUCCGCCGAAACGCGAGGCUUGAGGUGAUAUACAACUUAAUAUAGAGGACCUGGUCGGGGAGUAUAUAUAUCGGUGGUUGAUGGUUGAGACUGGCAUAGUACUGCUUCCUACGGUUGCAUUAUACACCAGGCUGGGACAUGGAAGAAGGAUAGAUAUAUUUAUAGUACAGAACCAAGACCUGCCAACUAAACUGGUGGCCAAAACCCCU